AACAUUUUUGUAGCUGUUUCUUGAAUCUUCUUUCUCCAACAAUAAUUCAAAAAUCAGUCUUGUUCAUCCAGGCCGAAUGCUGUUCUCUGGUUUUUAGAAUGUCUGCCACCUCAGAGAGCGUCAAUGGAGGAGUACCGUCAUCCCGCUCUGAUGGGAGCAUCGGUUCGAGCGAGAGCCCAGAGGUGGACCUUAGUAGCUUGGAGUUUCGUCUUCAGCAGUUUCGUAAACAUACUGUGGACACAGUCAAUGAGGAACUAAAGGAUGUCACCAAGGACAUGUUGAAUGAAGUAUCUCGCACCAUGAAGGGACUGACCUCCGUCGACAAUGAUCGUGCACAUGGACAGAAGGUGUUUCGCGCUCGUGAUUCGGUGUUAACGUAUCUGCUGCAGUCAACUCACAUCCAAACACUCUACAAUAUUUUUGUGGCAAUUCUGAUAAUUUUCGCAGUGAAUACGGUGAUCAGUGAUUACUUAGAGCACGGCCGAUUAGUGCUGAACUUCUCCAUGCUACUGUGGGCGUUCGAGCAGAUGCCAAUCGUCAUCACCACUUGGAUUGUGAUGAAAUCAACAACGUUGGCCGUCUAUCCUCUCUUCUUGGGCUAUGUGGACAUCAGAGGUUCCGCUCGGGGCACCAACCGCAGGCUAGUUGACGGUGCGUAUCUGUCGGGCUAUAUAUUCUUUCUCGGCGUGUUCUUGGUCGGCCCGGUGUUCAUCAUUGCCCGUAAUCAAAUCCCGCCCGGCUCGGCUCUGAUCAUCCUGUGUGAGCAGGUGCGUAUGAUCAUGAAGAUUCACUCGUUUAUCCGCGAGACCGUACCGCGCGUGCUGAUGUUCUCGCGGGAGAGCAAGGCCAACGCCAACGUCCACGACGUUCUGCCGGGCUUCUCUCAGUACUUGUACUUCCUGUUCUGCCCUACGCUGCUGUACCGUGAUAACUACCCGCGCACCGAGCAUACACGCUGGACCUACGUCAUCUCCAAUAUGGGGCAGGUGGCCGGGUGCCUGUUGUACGUCUACUACAUCUUUGUGCGCUUCUGCGUGCCGGUGUUCAGCGAGACGGGCCGUCAGCCGUGGAACACGCGCACGUUCAUCCUGGGCGUGAUGAACUGCAUGCUACCGUCCACCAUGGUGUUCGUGCUGGGCUUCUUCUCCAUCCUGCACUCGUGGCUGAACGCUUUUGCUGAGAUGAUGGGAUUUGCCGACCGCAUGUUCUACAAGGACUGGUGGAACUGCCGCAGCUGGGCCGACUACUAUCGUAAGUGGAAUGUCGUUGUGCACGACUGGCUGCAUGCGUACGUCUAUAACGACGUGCAGAUGUGCGUGCCCGAGGCGUACAAGAAGAAUCGCCUGGUGGCCAUGUUCACCGUCUUCAUUGUCAGCGCCUUUGUCCACGAGUACAUCAUCGCUGCCACGUUUGGAUUCUUCUUUCCCGUCCUCCUCCUCAUGUUUGGCGGCAUCGGCGUGUCGUUUGUCUUCCUGACGCAUCAGCGGCAGUCGCGAAUCUGGAACAUCUUCAUGUGGGUGAUGCUGUUCUUCGGCAAUGGCCUCCUGAUGUGCCUGUACAGCAUCGAGUUCUACUCUCGUCAGAACUGUGCCGACAAGAUGGAGACCUGGCUGGACAUCCUCAUACCCAACAUGCUAACCUGCGAUUCGUGGCCGGAUGUCUCGUAACCAGCCGAGCGCUAGCGUGGGCCAGGGAGGCUGGCAAUCAGAGCCACUUGUUGUAAGUGUGCCUGUGUGUGUGUGUGUGUGUGUGUGUGUGUGUGUGUGUGUGUGUGUGUGUGUGUGUGUGUCUGCUCCGUUGAUAAACAUUCGUAACAACCCUGUCCCUUUUCUUCCACUCUUCCACUCUGACACAAUAUUGGCGUCGGGAAGAUCCAGCGUUGACCUUCAAGUAUGCUAGCAUUACUAGAAGGUAACAACGUAUCGUUGUCUCACCACAGUCCACACCCACCGUGCCUACCGUGCAUACAGUGCUAUUCUCCGGUAAUGCUGCAUUGUCAGCACUAUGCAGUCCUUCCUGCUAUGUGCAGUGGACAUACACCGCUAUUCUCUGCCCGUACACUAUAUGCACUGAGUCGUUGAUGCACGGUUGUGCCAGCUUCACCACUCCUGACCCUGCCGUUGUCGCCAUAACCCCCGACACGUUACACUAUCACCCAUUCACAAAUACC